AUGACCGCGAAGAAAGCUUUUCUGGAGCAGCAUCCCGAUAUGGUGCACAGGGACAAGGAGAAGGCGUGGAAGGCAUCCCAGGAGUACAGUGACAUCAUCGCCAGUUUGGACCCACGCCAGGAGCCGAAAAGAGCGGCUCAGCCGAAGCAGCCGAAAAGAGCGGCUCAGCCGAAGGAGCCGAAAAGCAAAGCUCGGCCGAAGGAGCCGAAAAGCAAAGCUCGGCCGAAGGAGCCGAAAAGAGCGGCCCAACCAAAGGAGCCGAAAAGAAGAGCUCAGCCGAAGGAGCCAGAAAAGACUGACGUCGCUAUGGUGACUACGAGUACUCAAACACCUGUGUGGGCCCGUGAACUUAUUCCGUGCCAUGACGACGACGUCAAUAUCCGAUGCUUGCACACUUUUUCAGAGCAGGAGGGCUGGGGAAAUUUUUAUAGACUGGCGGACUUGGACAAAGACAUGGUUUGUGACGAUGGUCCAGGGCUCAAACUAGGGUGUGUGUGUGUGUGUGUGCUUCUGGGCUGA